GCUAGCGAGGUCCCAUAUGCUGCGGCGCCCGCUGGCGGGGCUGGCGGCGGCCGCCCUGGGCCGGUCCGCGCCGGACGGGAUGUCAGGACCGAGACCGGUGGUGCUGAGCGGCCCAUCGGGGGCCGGGAAAAGCUCCCUGUUGAAGAAACUCAUGCAGGAGUAUGGCAGUAUCUUUGGCUUUAGUGUGUCCCAUACCACGAGAGACCCACGGCCUGGAGAGGAGAAUGGCAGAGAGUACUACUUUGUCACCAGGGAGGCCAUGCAGAGAGACAUUGCUGCGGGCGACUUCAUUGAGCAUGCCGAGUUCUCAGGGAACCUGUAUGGGACAAGCAAAGCAGCAGUACAGGCGGUGCAGGCCAUGAACCGCAUCUGCGUGCUGGACGUGGACCUGCAGGGCGUGCGGAACAUCAAGAAGACAGAUCUGUGCCCCCUCUACAUCUGCGUGCUGGCUCCGUCCCUCGAGGUCCUGGAGCAGCGGCUUCGAGCCCGGAACACAGAGACGGAGGACAGCCUGAUUAAGCGGCUGACCACCGCCAAGGCCGACAUGGAGAGCAGUAAGGAGCCAGGCCUGUUCGACCUCGUCAUCAUUAAUGACAACCUGGAUAAGGCUUACUCAACUCUGAAGGAAGCCCUCUCCGAGGAAAUCAAGAAAGCUCAAGGGACCCACCGCUCCUGAGGUGCCCCAGCCCGCUGUCAUUCCACGGGAUGCAUUCCAGGCCUCGUCCCCAUCCCUAGGUGCCCCCACGUGGGACUGCAGCCCGGCGCCUGGCAGCGCCAGCUAUUCAGCACCUGGGUACUGCUGCGAGACUGGGGCCUGGACAGCCCAGGGGCUCCCAUCACCUGGGCCGGCUGGGCCAGCCCCACCCACUCCUGCCGCACUUCGCUGUGACGGCCGGCCGGCCCCCUCUGACAUUGUAAUAAAGUAACACGGCGUUGGCGCUGUGUGGAGGAAGUGA